AUGACUUUGAGUACCAGGACGCUUCUGCUUAGCCUAGCUAUUACUGCCGUAUCUGCCCAGCGUGGCCAUGGUCCUCCAGGUCCAUGGGGUCCAGGCCCGUUUGGAGGUGGAGAUGACAACGACGACGACUUCGCCUCGCAAUAUGGCCCAGGUGCCAAUGCUGACUUCGCGGCCGGCGAUAUGGAAUCCCGCCGCAGACUCAUCAUAGCCCACGGCGUCUUGGCAGCCCUUGCAUUCGUCAUCUUCUUCCCACUAGGAUCCAUUCUCAUCCGCCUCGGCUCUUUCCCCGGCCUAUGGCUCAUCCAUGGCUUAUUCCAACUCUUCGCCUAUGCCGUCUACCUCGCUGCCUUUGGCAUCGGGAUAUGGAUGAUUAACAGCAUGCCCAUAGACCUAUUAGACAACUACCACCCAACCAUUGGCAUCGUUCUGUUCGCCCUACUCUUCUUCCAACCCAUCCUCGGCUUCGUCCACCACCUCAAGUUCAAAAAGUAUAGUCGACGAACUGUCUGGUCGCAUGGCCAUCUCUGGCUGGGCCGCAUCAUCAUCACGCUGGGAAUGAUCAAUGGCGGCCUCGGCCUACUGCUCGCUUCUGACGCACCCGCAUUUACCGGCUUCGUUCCUAGCCGUGGCCACAUGAUUGCCUAUGGCGUUGUUGCGGGAAUCAUGUGGCUGUUGUGGGUUGCUGCGGCUGUGCAUGGAGAAAGGAAGAAGUCGGCAGCGAAGAAGGUUGUCGUGGUCAAGGAGGUGGAAACUGACCUUACCCCCACACAUACUACCAACAAGGAGUACUAUGCUCAUCGCAAUGACGCAUAA